CUCAUUGCUCAUCAUCGUUGCGAAUCUUGCAGGAAACAUCGACAUCGAGCUCGUGAGCUCGUGAUCCUCGUCGACCACAAAGGAAGCUGAAACGAUCCAGACUUACAUAUACACCUCACUUGAACACUCUCUACCGGUCUGAAUUCUGUCAAACUUGCAUACAACUAGCUUACUACUGAUAUCCCCGACAUUCGACACAACUGCAAUUAUGUCCUCUUCAUCAACAAGACCUUCCCCAGUGCUCGAACACGCUCUGAACUUGCCCAUCUUCAAAUUCCUCAAGGACAAACGGGUCGUCCUCGCUUCCUCUUCUCCAAGGAGGAAAGAACUCCUCGACCUGAGUGGCCUGAAACCGGAGAUCAUCCCCAGCGAGUUUCCGGAAAACCUGCCGAAAUCCAUGUUCGCGCACGCUCUGGCCGAGUACCCCAUUGCGACCGCGGGAGAGAAGGCCUUGGAAGUUUACGAGAGGCUCGUCAAGGCGGACGAUCGCGAUGCACCUGAUCUGGUCAUCGGCGCCGACACGGUGAUCAUCUUCCCCCCUCAGUCCAAGGACCCCGACUCGCGAACGGCAUUGGAACCGGUUGAAGAGUCGAAGGUCUUUGAAAAGCCGUUUGACAAGGACGAUCAUUUGAGGAUGUUGCAGGAUCUGAACGGGAAGACAUGCGAGAUCGUCACGGGGGUCACAAUAGUCUACCCUACGCUCGGUGCGCCGGGUUACAAGCUACAGUCCAUCUCGGUCUCGACAAUCGCGCACUUCCGAGAGAACACCGACGCCGAGUUGAAGGCGUACGUCGAGCAUGGAGAAGGGAUCGAUCGAGCGGGCGGGUUUGCCAUCCAGGGCGCCGGUGGGUUCCUCGUCAAGUCGGUCGAGGGCGACUGGAACAACGUGGUAGGCUUCCCCGUCUGGGAGUUUUGGCAUUGGCUGGGCGACCUGUUGGAGGACGACGUGUUCAACGAGUGAUCUACUGGGUUACGGUCGGAAGGCGGCGUUACGUAAACGAUGGACUUUGUAUUGUAUCUUGUACCAACGACGAAGACGAUGUAGAGUAGCUAGAUACUAGAAUAGUGUCGAUCGCGAAUAGCGUUCGUACGUAGUUUCAUCGUCGAGC